AUGGCAAUCGAGCUCAUGCGGAUUCCCAUCUCCCGUUCUUCUGCAAGGUCCCUGCUUACUUCCAAACCCUGGAUGCGACCAUGUGAGGGUAAUAGCUCCUAAGCCUCCUGUCACUAUCCAUCUCUUCUAGUUUUCUCAGAGUCCUGUGAAUUCGCCUUCCGUUUUACCUGUCAUCUGUUCCGUUGGGCUCUUUCUCUGGUCCCAUUCCACCUCCGACAUUAUUCAGAAUAUGCUUGUCUCCCGUUUAACUCAGGGUUUUGUAUACAGUUUGAUGUCAUUUCAUGCUAAUUCGUUUUCUGUUGACAUUUAUUCUCCCAUUUUGAGUUUCUUUCUUUUUCUCGGUAGUGUUUCUUUCGAUGUUCUGACGUUGGCCUCUCUCUCUCUCUCUCUCUCUCUCUCUCUCUCUCUAGUGAUAUGUGGUGGUGCCAGUUCUCGCCUCUGGAUACUUAGAACCUUUGCUACAGCAAAACCUGAGAGACUUGUAGUUCCAAGGAAGUGAGUUGGAUUCAUCUUCACCUCUUUCUUUACACUUUUCAAAUUGAAGUUGCAUGUGGUUUCGAAAUUUGGUGGAGCAAAUGAUAAUGGGUCAGAGUUAUUUCUGCGUAUAGACAGCUUAAUGCCUCGAGAAAUUUAGUUUGGAUGAUUUGACUUUAUUCAUUAGGAUAUCAUUUUCUAGAAAUAAAGGAUCUAUUUCUCAGUGAAUAUCGCUCUCUGAAGGUCUUUCAUUAGGAUGAAGUUUCCUGGGAAAAUAUAUAUUCAUGUGAAAGAAUCCAGAGGUUUAUACCAUUUGCAAUCUGUCACCAUUCAUUGCUGUUUUCUUGCAGGAAAAGGAGAUUAGAUGAAGUAUGCCUUGAGAGAUAUCAACAAUAUAGCCGUACCUUCAUUCAGUCAUGGAUCUUACAAGGUCAGUAACCAAAGCAUAGUUACGUUUUGGCUGAUCGUAAUGGCAAGUUGAUUUACUAUUAGUUUAAUGAUAGCUACUCUUGAAAGCAUGCGUGCUUUGAUCUUCUCAAAAAUAUUGGUUAGUCUGUGGAUGCAAAUUGGAUAUAAACUACAAGUUUUGAAGUCUCUGGUGACUGUAACCGGAUUCUUUUGGUGCUCAUUUCUGCAUAGAAACGAGUAGAUGUGCCUUUUUGACUUUCUGUGUACUUUGUUUGUAGUGCAUAUGUUCUUUAGUAGUAGUGAUCAAAUCUCUGUUCAAUAGGAAACUUCCCCAAACCUGACUUUGUCUCUUCCAUCUUUUCCAAUGGUAUGAAUUCCAGGCAAAGUUUUUGUGGAUGGAAGGGUGGUAAAUAAAGCAGGAACUCUUGUCUCUGAUAAAUCAACUGUGGAGAUUAAAGCUGAAGUUCCAAAAUAUGUCUGUAGGUGAUGAGCAAUCAAUACUUUCCAUAAUUUGAAAUAGUGUAAUCACAUUUUAGGUCUGUGAUAGAAAAUCUAUUAAUACGUGUUUUAAUUUAUCUGUUUUUAUAUCCUUGUCUCCAGAGCAGGAUACAAGCUGGAGGCGGCAAUUGAACAACUAAAUGUAAACGUUUCUGGAAAAGUAGCUCUUGACUCCGGGCUCUCGACUGGUGGAUUCACUGAUUGCUUGCUUCAAUAUGGUGCAUCUUUUGUUUACGGUGUUGAUGUCGGUUAUGGACAGGUAUUGUUGUUGGUGAUGCAUGAAUUCAAUUCUCAUGUCCAAUCCUAAAAGCCAGAAGGUGUGAGGUUUUCAAUACAUGUUGUUUGUCAUAGAUUUUCGAUAGAUCUGCUUGGAAAAUUAAGUAUAUUGGUGGACAAAAUCCUCUGACUCAUUUCAAGGAAUAUCCUCUAAAUUCAAACGUCUAAAAGCUAGGCAGACUUGUGAGUGAUCUCAUUUAUUGAUAGAAGAGUGCUCUGUGUUAUUGAGGGAAACAGAAGCCUUAUAGAGAGUGGCUAUUGUUUUUGUUUCCUAUCAUUUCUUAUCACAGAAAAUGUCUCAAGACAGACUAUGUUGCACACUUUUUGCCCCUUUUGCUUCUGAUGUCAUGGAACUCCUUGUGAAAAAGAAUAGUCUAUCGGUAUUGCUGUAUGUGUUUAGUUCUGGGUCUCAUCUUAUAAGAUAGUAAUGUGGAAUAUUAUUUUUAAAUCAGUACAAAAACUGUAUGGCCUUCCGAAAAUGCAGAAAGAAAGCUAAACUGGUCUGUCAAUCACCAUAAUGCUGCUUAAUUCAUCCUCACGAAAAUAUCAAUUGUUAGACGUUUGAUUACUAUUAUUGAUAGUUCCUUUCUUAUCUUUUGCUUCCUAAUCCAGUCAUUAUUCCCAGGUGAUAAUGUGAGUUUAAUUUAUACUCUUAUUCCUAAAUUUUAUGAUGUAUACAUUGGUUUGCUCAAGACCUAGAUGAAAUUCUACAAGUAAAAAUCCAAAAUACGAAUUCGUAGGGUUUUUUUUUUUGCUAGAGGUAUCUGUAUCUAUCAACAUUAAGUUCGGACUCGAUGACAUCUGAAAACCCGUUUUACAUCCGAUUAAGUUUUUUUUUUAAUUCAGGAUAGAAUAAAAAGUAAACAUGUAGAACAUUAUAUCAUCUUCUCAGAGUCUUGAUAAUGAAGGGAAGAGAUUCCGUCCUUUAAUAGAUUUUGAAACUUAGUAACCCGCAUUAGUUGAUUGUUAAGGCACAUUUGAUCUUCUCUGUAGUCUCUGGUAUCUUCUGUAAGAAAAUGACACUGCAUGUCAGAACGCUUUAUCCAUUGUGAUUUUUAAGACUCAAAUGUCAUCCGACUGUGGAAUAUCUUGCAUGAAAUUCAAUCAUGCUGGCUAACAAUUAUAUCCACAUUAAGUUUGAAACCUGGAAAAUAAAUUACUCUAAUUUGAUUGUCAAACGCAAACGAUCUACAGUGGCUCUAAGAAUGGAUCAACGAGAAAAGCACAUCUAGUUAAUUAUUCGGGGAUAGCUCACUCUUACCGAUUGACGGAGAUUUCCAAGUUUGAUUCCUGAAACAAAAGGCAUUAAAAUGCCCUUGAAAGAACUUUUACAUUGGUUUAAGAUAUUAAAUUUCGUAUAACUUUUUUCUUUUUCGUUUGAUGACACAUCGAAAAAUGCAAGAGAAUUGAUGUAAUAGAAGGUGCCAAAUGAGAAUGUAGUUUUUUUGUUAAUGUUGUGUGCCUGAUUCAGCUAUCAUUCUUGCAACCUGUUAUCCGAACUUGACGAUAAUAUGAGAUACAAUUGACUGGAGAGCAUAUUUACCUCCUCUUCCUUUUUGUGACCUUGGCAGUGAUGAGUGAACGACCAAGAUGCCUGAGGUGUUGCUCAAUGUUUCUGAGUUCAGUGAUGAAAAUGUUUUCAUCUAUGUUAGACAAUAUUUUAGCGAAACUAUAUUUCUAAGUUUUAACACUUUAUGAUUAGUACAGAAUUUUCAAACGUGAAAAUAUCACAUUGUCAAACGUGAUUUGUGUUGAAAAGUUUUAGGGACAGAUUUGAAAUUGCAUGUGAUAAAGUAUAUAUCACAUUGUCAUUUCUUGUAGGUAAACUAUUACUUUUAGAAUUUUGUGAUAGAAGAAAUUUGCAAUUUCAGCAUGAAGUUUGAGAGACCAAUCUCCAGGAUUUGAUGCGCUGAUGAUUUACAUUUAGAGAUGUACCUCUGAGGUGUAAAAGUUAGAAGGCUAUGAACCAAAGAGUUAUGACGACUGGUUCUAAUCCGAUUGCUGUAGAAUGGAGUAUCUUCACCCUAGGAUUGUACUCGUAGCUCUUUACUUGAGCAUAAAAUGAGCGUGAUGAAUAUUUUAGUUCUUUUAAGACUUCCCGUUUGAGAAUUUUUAUUUUUCUUCUUGCUGCCCUAUUUUCGUUGUAUUUUUCUUGAAAAUUCUAUUCUGUGCCUUAGAGUUCAUGCUCCUAAUGUUUUCACAGGUGGCUGAAAAAAUUCGGAAAGAUGAACGAGUAUGUAUUAUGGAGAGAAUUAAUUUAAGAUAUCUUCCAGGGCUCCCGCAGAAAGUGGAUUUGGUGACUCUAGACUUGUCUUUUAUUUCUAUACUUACGGUAAAGUUUUAAUACAGAAGAAAAUAUACCGAUUUAUUGUGGAAUGUUGCAUUCUAGUUGCAUAUGUUCUCAAACCUGAAUUUGACUCCACUUACUUUAAAUACAUAUAUUUCUAUCAACGUUAUACUACAUAUAAUGGUUGGUACAUACCUUGGUAUUUGUCUUGCUCGGGUUACAUGAGUUAGGAUGCCAUUAUGUAGUUAGUUCUCAACUCAUACGUCUUAAUUAAGUGAUAUUGGAAGAGUCUCCAAAUGAAGGGCCUCGAUUUUUUUUAAUUUUUCUGUUGCAAGCAUUCAGUCGAUUACUUGGGUGAACAAUAAAAUCACUUAACUUUUCGCAAUAAUAAUUCAAAACUUGAAUUAUGAAGAGAAAUAAUAAUAUCUGCUGAGGAAUCGGAUCUUAGGAAAACAUUUACCACAGAUGUACAGAAGUCGCACGGCCAAAGGAAAAUGAUCAAAAGCUUGUCUCUUUUUCAUUUUUGCAAAUCAUUGAAGGAAAAUGAGACUACCUCAAAGGUCUCCACCUAAAGAGACAAACCAAAGCCAGCGAUCACUAAAUGAACCCCCAAUACACAUGACUGUAUGUUUUAAUUCAAUCUUUAUUAAUGCUUAUGGUAUUUUUCAAUCCCUUUGGUCUGACGCAAUCACAAAUGGAUGACGGUGGCGUCUAAUAGAUCAAGUGAUUGGUUUUGUUAACCAGUGUUAGAGGACGUAAACCAAACUUGAUUUCCCCUCAGAAAGUUUCAUUAAUCGCGUGGGUAUGAAAACAGGGAUUUGGUUUCUUCAAUCAGAACAGAGCAUUGGCGAUAAGUGGGGGUUCGUUGAAGAAAAGAAUGAAGUAAAAAAAUGUUGUGAACAUUAACCGCCAUGGUAUAUUGGAAUCAGGUGCUCUUUCUCCAGGACAUCUUUUUUUCAAUCAUAUGAUGAAGAAUAUCUUCAUCCCUGUGGAAUCAGGCUGCAAGAAGUUGGUAACAUGGUCGACUUUGAAAUAUGUUCUCCUCUCUAAACAUGUGAGUCAGAAUAGGAUGCAGUUUAUUUCAUGUUUCAUCUUGGUUGGGUAAUUGGUUACCUCUAGCAUGCAAGGGAAGAAGAAACGAAUCUCUUCUUUUUAAGGUCCUAGGUCUUUGAGGGACUCCCUGAUGAUUCCUAUUUAAUGAAGUAUUGGAAAAAAAAAAUCUCGGAUAAAUGAUAAAUGUUGAUCCAUAGAUAAAGAAGACUAUUAUUUCACUGUCAUCAGCCUGGAAGUAGAUUAUAAAAAUGUGGAUAUGAUCGAUUGGUGUAUUAGUGUCUGAACAUAUGAUUACAUAGGAUCGAUGUAUGACAGUGGGCACUCUGUCCCAAUUCCCUCUGUAAAAUGCUGACUAAUUUGUUCAACAUUUCGUCUUUCCAUGAACAUAUGUCCUGUGUAACAUUAGGAUGGGAGAAGUUUCGGCUAAUUUGUUUAUCAGUCUCAAAGGGAACCUUAAUUAUCCAGGACUUGGUUGCUUCUCAAGGAUCAUAAACGAAGAGCAUCUCUCAACCCUAGACAGACAUUGAGUAGGUUAAACAGAGAUAGGAUCAGUUGUCGUUGUAGUCUCUUGUCGAAUUUCUGGUCAUGCGUAGGUGAAAAGUUCUAUGGAUAGAGCUUUUCAGGUGUAACUUGGGAGCUCAAGAUUGAAGGUAGUUUUUCUUGACACUCAAUGGCAGUAGAAGCUUGCAUCCUUGUGGAGUUUCUGAUGUGGAAUCAUCAGCUUCAUCGGAUAAAGAAUAUCCCUGGCUUUAUUUUCUAAGACUGUGUCCUGAUUACUUGACAUAGUGACGGAGAUGACGGAUCAGAAGCAUUCUUCUAGCUGCCAUGUGUUGGCCAUUUGGUGGUAUUUUGGGAUUUUCCAAGGAACUUUGUGGGGGCUUCUCUGUCAUCGGGGAUGUUGCUUCUUUGCUUUGCAUUUAUGUGUCUAUGCCAUAGUUGCUUGGAUAUUGAGACAAUAUCCGUUUGGCGCCGUAGAUGUUCUCAAGUGCUUAUCAUCUGUAAAAUAUGACCCUCUACAAGUCUUUCAUUAAAUUUUGCAUCUUUUUUGUUUUCUCUUUGAACCAUAGUUGUCCACACUGAGUCUGCCUCAUAACGGAUUGUCUGCUCCAGAAAUAGGCUUUGUCUGUUCAUUAUUUUUUGAAUCCCUGGCCCAUUUACUGUUCACUGCUUGAAAAGAGUCUCAGUUAUUCUGCAAUUCUCCUCCACUUCCAUGCCUUCUUGUUCACAGUUUUUUUUUUUUCCUUCGAUGGUUUCUUCCGCUAACUCAGGUGAUGCCUGCUGUGGUUACGGUCAUGAAGGAAAACUCUACCCUGGUUACGCUGGUUAAGCCUCAGUUUGAGGCACGGAGAUCUCAGGUUAAGCCUCUUCGUGUUACUUUGGUGCAUACAUGGUAGAGUUGCAUAUAUUAUUACUGGGUAGUCGUAAUGUGGGCUCUCUUCUUUUCACUGUAUAAUCCUCGAAUUUGUGCCAAACAUCAAUUAUCAUUCUCAUUCAAAAUCCAUUCUCAGUUGACUUGGGCUCACCACAGAUCUCCUAAGAUGAGAUGUGGCAGGAAUCAGCAGUUGUUCUUGCUGACUGUCAUGGCAAAAGGUUAGAUCAUUGCGUCCCAACCACUGACAAAGAUUAGUUUUCAGGGAGUGCUUGAUUCCAGGGUCUUAAAUGAUAGUAGUUAUAGAGGUUACCAAUUUAGUGUGGGUUGGGCACAAUUGCAAAUGAAACUGAGCUAUAUGAGUCUACGUAAAAACCCAUGGAGGUAAUAAUUUAUCCCUCUUGGAUAAAUUUAACAAUGCCAAUAACCGAAAAGCAAUAAAGUAAUCCAAGGACUACGCAUAUAUAUAUAUCUAAAACUUUGGCCCUGUACCAUCAAAUCUUUCCAAGGUUAGUAGUAAUCGAUUCUUCAGGGUGAGAGGGUUCUUCCCACCAAGUCUCCCACUAUUUCAUCUUUCUAAGCGCCAGUCUCUGCCUGCCAUGCCCACAUAAUCUGUCAGAUUUCAUAAUAUGUUCUCAUGUUUCUGUGCCUCAGAUUUAAUUACAUUCGGAGAAAGCUAACAUUUAUCUCAUAUAAAAGCAACUCUAAUUCUUCUUUAUAGCGUUGACUUUUUAUUUUUCUUCCAGGUGGGUGGAGGCGGAGUUGUUAGGGAUCCUCAAGUUCAUCAGGAAGUAUGGAUAUUUUUUUUUCCUUUUAUGGACGUACACUAAAUUAUAGAAAUGGCACACACAGCACCUUGUAAAACCUUCUAUAGGGUUAUUUUGGAGUAUCUCUCAAGUGAAAGUAUCCCCACUACUUUAUAAUUUAUUUAUUUAUAUUUGAAUAAUUUAUUUUUUAAUAUAUAAUGUGUUCUCAAAUCUGCUCUCAACUUUCUUGCUUUCUUUAGGCUCACUAUUUACAUAAGUAUACAUAACCGGAUUCGUUUCUUUGCGCACAUAUGGUGUCCAACAAUAGAAAAAAAUUCUCGCAUCAUAUCCUUCUACACAAGCUCCCGGUGACCAAUCCUAGGUUCAUUUUCACAAGGGGAAUGGAUUUUCUCUUCUCCAUGCCUUUCUGAGCUGCCGAUAUCUGGUUGCUAUGUACAGGUCCUUGCAAGGAUAACGAAGGGAGUGGAGGCCCUGGGCUUCUGCAGCGAAGGGUGGAUAGAGUCUCCCCUCAAGGGUGCAGAGGGGAAUACCGAGUUCCUGGUCUGUUUCCGACGAACACCGGAGAAGUCACCAUGA